AUGACUCGAGAAGAGAUAGCACACGCUUACCACAACCAGAGUUUGGUCGUCAAUCCGGUUGAAAUUCCCCAGCUCGAGUCCCACCUUGAUAUUAUCACGAAAUCCAUUGAUAAGAAGGCUGCAACGUGUCGGCAUUUCCGGAGUGAAGAUAUAUCUAAUAACCUCCCAGUUGAGUUACGACAUGAGAUUUUCAAGCUUCUCCCAGCUGGUUCCAUUCUCGCUCUGAAGGCCGCUUCCCUGGCGAUGCAUAGUACUACCUUACCCCCCAACCUUUGGAAACGCACGUUGAGGAGUGAAAUACCGUGGCUCUGGGAGAUGCACGAUAUCGAUUCUUUCCAAUCCCAAGAACUAGAGGACAACACUUCCAAGUUACUUCUUGACAUUCAGAAGAAGAGUCAGUAUACAUCCGAGAAUGAUGAUUACAUUUUUGGACUUGCCAACCGGAGACGGGUUUGGGGCGUCUGCAAGCAGAUUCGUAGCCGGUACUUCGAGAAGCUCAGGGGUAUUUCCAAUACAGACAGCUAG